GGUCGAAUCCGAAUCAUUUCGAGUCGAAUCGAAUCGAAUCGAAUCCAGCGUUACGCCCCCAACACAGCACUAAGUUUUUGCACUUGUAUUCGUUGCCGCGCUGCGAUUUUAGUCGCGUUUUUACUUUCACGCGACCAAUUCACUGCACGUCAACCAUUCGCGUAAAAACGUGUCUGCCAAGUGUUUAGCAACCUGUAUUAAGCAUGUUCCCAGCGUUCUUUUCCCCAAAGAGCCGACAAAUGUGAAUAAAAGGCUGAGCAAUUGAAAACCUAAGUCUGACUCUCAACGCACAAGAUCCCAUAAAAUCUCCCUGGUUCCCCUUCUUCGUCGUGAAACGAACGCACAAUGAACUUCACCCCGUUUGGCAACACAUUUCCCGGCAAUAUUCCCGGACUGCCGCAGUUCACGACGAGCACGGCGCCUUUGGUUUCCACGGUAACUGCCGCCGUGACGGACGUGACAGUGACCCCCAGCAACAAUCCGCAACAGCAACAGCAGCAGCAGCAGCAGGAUGCCGCCGGCAGCAGCAAUCGAUACCAGCAGCAACAGGUAGCGCAUUUUGGCCAGGCCAAUAUGACGGCUGGCCAAGGCACCAGUGGCAAUAACAAGUUCCGUGGCGGCCAAGAUGAUGCACUUCAGGGCGACAAGUACAAUGGCCACUUGGUGGCAGCCUCUCAGCAGCAGCAGCAGCAACAGCAACAGCAGCAGCAACAGCAACAGCAGCAGCAGACGCAAUAUGCGACUGUUGCAUACGCGAGUGCAACAGCAACGAGUGCUGCUGCGGAUGCCCUGCAGGCGGGCACUUCCGGCCAGCAGCAACAGCAGCAGAUGCAACAGCAACAGGUCACCGCCCCACAGGAACUUACCCAAGAUCUGUGCAACGCCAUCCUGCAACAACAAGUACUCCAGAAUACCUCGUGGCAAACACUGACGCCGGGCACCACAGUCGCCGACUACCUCUCGCAUCUUCCAGCCAACACGUUGCCGCUUUCGCUGCACCACUUCCUCAAGUAUUCAGCGGAGACGAUCAAGAAGGAGAACCAGCAGAAUGUGGUACUGCAGGUGCAGACGGGACCAGCCAUUGGGAUCAAUACCCUGGGCACGACAACCAUUAGUAUACCUCAGCAGGAGCAGCUGACGCUGCAGCCGCAGCAGCAGGCGACGCUGCAGGUGCAGCAGGCGACGCAGGCGGCGGUGGCAUCGGCGACGGUGACGUCGGCGACGGCAACCACGACGUCCGGCGGUACUGGCGGCUCUAGCGGCACUUCCGGUAAGAAGAAGAAGCGUAAAAAGCGUAGCAAGGACCGAAAACCGAAGCUGCGACCCGGAGAGAUUCGACUGGGAACGGCGCUCGAUGGCAGUCCGUUGUACAUGUGCCCCGAAUGCCAUGUGGCGUAUCCGGAACCGGAACUGCUGGAGGUGCACCUGGUGGGGCACAACCUGGAGAAGCGGUACGUGUGCGACAUCUGCCAGGCGUCGCUGAAGCGCAAGGAUCACCUCACCCGCCACAAACAGUCGCACAAUCCGGAGCGGCCCUACAUCUGCACCGUCUGCCUGAAAGCCUUCAAGCGGAAGGAGCAGCUGAGCCUGCACUUUGUCAUCCACUCGGGCGAGAAGCGUCACCAGUGCGGCGAGUGUGGCAAGGGCUUCUACCGCAAGGAUCACCUACGCAAACACACCCGCUCCCACAUCGCCCGUCGCGUCAAGGCCGAACUGAAUAGCCAUGUGCGACGCGAGAAUGGCACCAGCAUGCUGCAACCCGUCGUCACGGAGGCCACAACGGCGGCCCUGCAACAUGCCAAUCAACUGGCCACCGCACAGCAACAAUUGCAACAGCAACAGCAACAGCAGCAGCAACAGCAGCAGCAGCAGCAGCAGCAACAUCACAUUGUGAUCACACAGCAACAGCAGCAGCAGCAGCAGCAGGCACCGCAGCAACAGCAGCAACAGACUUCGCAGCAGCAGCAACAGCAACAGCAAAUGAUAAAUUAGCCAAAUGAUUUUUGUAAAGUCAGUUAAAGCAAAAUCAAUCAAUUUCGUAUCAUCUAGGUCCUUCAAGUGGGACUUGGCUGCUCAAAAAAAAACAACUCUUUCGGUCCACACAAUUUAAUUGACUCUCACAAAUCGGAUAAUGCAAACAGCAGGAUGUUAGCUAAUGUCUUCAAGGAUUCCCUACCCAAUGGGAAUUCUCAACGUUGUACAAUUUUAAUCGUAAGUCCACGAUGUAAAAUGGACCGUCCACAAAGCACAAUUUCUGGGAUAAAACUAGUUUUUAAUUUAUUUUUUUUUUCGAUUUCUUAAAGAUUUUGUUUGAAUAUUUAUAAGUUUCCUUUCACUAAGUGAGUACAAUCAAACUUUUGUUGAAUAUUUUGAAUAAAACUUAAAAACAAGUCAAAUUAAAUUUAAUUUUUGCAGAAGAUCUCUGUUUAUUUUUAUACUGAAACAAGUUUAUAAAAUUUAAAUUUUGUCCUUAACAUUGGAAAAUAGAUAAAUAUUAUCCCAGAGUGGUCGGUCCCAGGCCUUUGUCCGCCCUAACAUUCCAUACUCUAAUUUAAGAGAA